CAACACAACCUCCCAACUUAUUUUACCAACAUGUUCGACGCUAUCAAGACCUGGUUCUCUGGCCGUGAGGCCACCGAGGAGAACAAGUGGGAUGCUACCAAUGUGCAAAUGCAGCAGCCCAACAGCCCUGCCGGCAUGAACGAGACUGUCACCCAGCAGCCUACGCCCGAGUCCAUGGACGUGCACAUCCGUGGUGGUGGUGAGGGUGAGGAUGUCUGCUGCGGAGUCUGCGCCGGUCUCUGCUGCUUCGAGUGCUGCGAGUGCUGCUGCUAAAUGCCCUAUACCCAUAGCCAUAAUGGAUAAACGAUUUUUUUGAUUCCGCCGGGCGGUUUCCAAUUCAUGUACAUCGCUUAUGCGACAAAUGAUGCAAAUUUGAC